CACCGCAUCCUCACCACUCGCCCACUCCCGCCAUCGAAAAUGGUUCUCCUCGUUACCUCCGACAAUGAGCAGUUCAACACCGAAAAGGAGAUUGUUGAGCGCUCCGUGCUGAUCAAGAACAUGCUCGAGGAUGUCGGCGAGUCCGAGCAACCCAUUCCCCUUCCCAACGUUUCUUCGAGCGUCCUGAAGAAGGUCCUCGAGUACUGCGAGCACCAUCGCGGCGAGCCCCUCCCGACGCCUGAUACCGAUCAGAGCCAGGACGAGACCCGCAAGCGGACAACUGACAUCAGCGAGUGGGACCAGAAGUUCAUCAACGUCGACCAGGAGAUGCUCUUCGAGAUCAUCCUCGCGGCGAACUACCUGGACAUCAAGCCUCUGCUCGAUGUUGGUUGCAAGACCGUUGCGAACAUGAUCAAGGGCAAGACGCCCGAGGAGAUCCGCAAGCUCUUCAACAUUGUUAACGACUUCACGCCCGAGGAGGAGGCCCAGAUCAAGAAGGAGAACGAAUGGGCAGAGGACCGCUAGACGGUGUUGUAGUGUACUGUUCCCUUUCUUGCUAUCCAAUUGUGUCGUUGCAUGUUCUGUAUAUUAUGACCAAAGCCAACAUCUAACUGCUA